CAAUUGCUGCGUGUCGUUGUAUGUAUUACAUGUUAGCUUAUCUUGGUGUCAACUUUUUGUCACAAAGUGGACAAAUUUGAGACAAUUUUUUUUCAAUAUAUCUAUUUAACUUUCAUCCAAAAAAGAUAAAUUGAAUGUUAGUUAUUAAGACUACUUAAUGGCAAUAGCGAUACAGUGAAGUAAUCAGAUUGCAAUACUCAUCAAGGUGGACAUAUUAUGGAUGGGGCCAAAAAUCAGUAGAAUAUGUACAAGGCCAUGCAGCAAUUGCAUAUCAACAUUCCAACAAAAAGGUACAAAAAGUUGAUACAUAUUGCUCAAAGCACAGCUGAAUAACACUGUCAAUCAGUGCUAAUUAAGCAUUAUUGCAGGUAGUGGGCAAUGGAAAAUAAGCCAGAUUCCUUUGCUUUAUUAACUUUUGCGGACAAAUAUCUCUCUGCCUUUCCCAGGAUUUCGUGUCCAGUUGGUGCCCAACCUUUCCCCAAAAAGGGCAUGACAAUGUUUCCAUUGUCUCCAAACUUUCCAUCCCGUCGCCCCUUCUACUACAAUCGGGCGAAUCGUCGAGAACUUGGGUCAAAGGAGGAACUCUCGCCCACGACGAUGUUACCUCGUGGGCUUGCGCUUUUCUGGGCGGUUGUGGGCACCCUGAAGGGAUUAUUCUUCACAAUGGCGGCAUAUUUACAACAUAACGAUCCCGACCCACACCUCUGGAUUCCCGUCUACGCCAUCUCAGCCGUCACCAGUUUCCACCUCACCUUCCGCUGCGGUCAACACCUCCAGAAUUUGUCGCCCCAUGACGUCCUCCCUCCUCCUGCACGUUGGACCUGCCCCCUGCUCUUGGCUCACCUGGCCUACUCCACCAUUCUGGCCAUCCACACCCUCUUUCUGGCCAGUGAGGAGGACAGAGAACGCUCUCCCACUUCCGGUCAGCUCAUGGUUCUGGAGGAGGCGAAAGAGAUUUUGGGCCUCGCCAUCGUCGCCGCCUGGUCCAGCCUGCUCCUCUGGGACAACUUCCUCCGCAUCGGGAGGAACAAGUCGGUGCUGGCGGGUUGUCUCAUUUCCGCCGCACCCCUCCUCGCUUGGAUGCUGAUUGGGGACGAAGCGCAGUAUUGUUGAGUUCAAUGACACAAUUUUGGAUUUAUUUUAAUGAUUUU